UCUGUAAUAUGGGUGCCGAAAUUGGUGCCACUACAUCUCUUUUCCCAUUUAACAAACGUAUGGGUGAUUUCCUUCGUGCUACUCAACGCGGUGAAAUUGCUGCUUAUGCUGAGUCAUUUGCUCACAAUUUACGCGCUGAUGAAGGUGCUGAAUAUGAUCAAUUAAUUGAGAUCAAUUUAUCUGAACUUGAGCCUCACAUUAAUGGUCCAUUUACACCGGAUCUUGCCACACCUGUAAGCAAAUUUAAGGAUGCUGUGAUAGAAAACGGGUGGCCAUCAGAACUUAAAGUUGGUUUGAUUGGUUCAUGCACCAAUUCUUCAUACGAAGAUAUGACUCGCUCCGCUUCUAUCGCUAAACAAGCUCUUGAUCAUGGACUUAAGGCCAAGUCUAUAUUCACUAUAACACCUGGUUCUGAACAAAUUCGAGCAACCAUUUCACGUGAUGGUCAGGAAAAAAUAUUAACUGAUGCCGGUGGUAUAGUUUUAGCAAAUGCUUGUGGCCCAUGCAUCGGUCAAUGGGAUCGUCAAGAUGUUAAGAAAGGCGAAAAGAAUUCAAUUAUUACUUCAUAUAACAGAAAUUUCACAGGUCGUAAUGACGCCAAUCCUGCAACUCAUGCCUUUGUUACUUCUCCUGACAUUGUCACUGCGAUGGUCUUUGCUGGUGAUCUACGUUUCAAUCCUCUUUCUGAUACUCUUAUUGGUGCUGAUGGUAAACCAUUCAAAUUUGAUGGUCCGAAUGGUACCGAGCUCCCUCCUCGAGGGUAUGAUCCUGGUGAAGAUACAUAUCAAUAUCCUCCAAAAGAUCAUGUUUCAGUUCAAGUACAAGUAGAUCCCAAAAGCAGUCGCCUUCAAUUAUUGCAACCAUUUUCUAAAUGGACUGGUAAGGAUAUAGAACAGGCACAAAUUUUAAUCAAAGUUAAGGGCAAAUGUACUACAGAUCAUAUUUCUGCCGCUGGACCUUGGCUUAAGUUUCGCGGUCACUUAGACAACAUUUCAAAUAAUAUGUUGAUUGGUGCUGUGAAUGCUGAGAAUGAUGCAGUUAAUAAAGUGAAGAAUGUUUUCACAGGACAGUAUGAUGCUGUCCCUAACGUUGCUCGAGAUUAUAAAUCUAAAGGUCAAGGUCUUUUACCACUUACGUUCGCCAAUCCUUCAGAUUAUGAUAAAAUCGACCCAACUGAUAAGAUGUCAAUUCUUGGGUUGGGAACUUUUGCACCUGGAAAACCACUUACACUUAGGCUUCAUAAAAAAUCUGGAGAAACU